GUGCAGAAUUCUGCUGGAGCAGCACUAUUAACUGAUUCAUUUUGAAAAAACAUUUUUCCCAUGACAGUAUCCCUUUAAGAUGAUUUUUUUCCCAAAUUACUAUAUCCGUUACAAAUGUUACCAUACCACAUAAAGUCAACAGACCUAAAAUGAAUAAACCAAGCAUAAACAAAUUGAUUUGUAUUAAAUGGAUUGUACCACACCGCAUCUAAUACAUGGUUCCGUCAUUAUUGUAAGGCAUCAAAUGUAAGGGAAAUGCCCACAAUCACCACUCUUCUCACACUUCCCUUCCUUUCCUUUUCCCCAUUUUGAAAAGUUAACAAGAUAGACAAAUGUAAAUGUUAGAGCUAAGCGCCUGACAAGAGUGCUUUGUGAAAAGCCUACAAAGAUACUAUCAUUCUGUAUAUUGUUAAGGCAACAUUCAUGUUUGACAACUCUCGGAUCGACUGGAAAUUAAUUUUACCCAUUAUAAUUAAUAACACCACCAUAUUCACCCAUAUCCCCAAUAACUUUGAUACUAAAUUGAUAGAGGGCUACAGGUCUGAUGUUAGAUCUAGGUGGGAUCAGUUGGGCAAUUUUUCACAUACCGAACAUCCCCUAUUGAUAUAAUCUAGAUCCUAUCACAUCAAAUUUUUAAAUGUUUUAAAUGUAUUAAUUUUGCCUCUUUAUUCUGUUUAAACAGAACAAUGAAAUAAUAAUAAAUAAAUAAUUAAAGAUUGUGAAUUGCCCAGUGUUCACUUGGCACUUUAUUCACCCAAGCACUUUAUAUUUACUCAUUUAAAUAUGAAUUGAAUAAGUCACAUCUCAUUUAUGGUUUUAUUUGUGAAUUGAAGCAUUUAUUUUCAGUUUAAAUUAGUCAUACAUUCCCAAGAAAACCCUCUCCUCCACCUACUCACCCUGCUGCCUCCUCUGUCACUUUAGAAAGCUUUGCUAGUGAUUUCAUAGAUGUAAUUCAAAUUAUCUGCAAGAAAUACUGCUAAACACAGUUCCUUGCAUACAUCCCCUCUGCUGCUUCAACCUCAUCAUUUUCUACACUGACAGAGCAGAUCAUCUCUAUUCUCUACUCCCAUUUUACCCCUACUCUUGAUCCCAUUCCCCCUUGUCUCAUUCUACCUCUUUCAUUUACAUUUACUCAUUUUCUCACUUGACUCUUUAAUGUCUCUAUCUUUCUGCUGGCAUUUUCCCAAACCAGUGAUCCACAACCAGUGGCUAAUGAGUAUCUUUUGCUCACCAGUGGCCUCAAAGCAGAUGCUUAUUUUUGAAUUCCAAGCAUUAAGGCAAGGUUUUGUAAAAAAAACCAUAUGCCCUGCAAAACAGAAGCACCUUUCCUCACACAAGAGAAAAAUUCUCAUCCACGCCCUCAUCAUAUCCCAUACAGUCUAUGUAACUCAUUGCUCUGUGGAAUGUCCCUUUUUAACUUCCCUUCCAGUUUGAAAAUGCCCUAUAAUAAUUUGAAACUUAUAUUGCUAACCCUAUAACUUAUUAGGAUAAAAUACACUUUAGGACACCCAAGGGAAAUGUUAAUGACUCCUUGUAAGUUUUUGAGAGAGGAGUUCCAAAAGCAGGUGUGAGUAUCACUUAUAUCACUUUUACACUACACAGUGUUAUUGGCAAAUCUGUAGAACCCCACCCAGUGCCUAUACUUCUCUCCAUCCCUACAGAUCAGUUAUGGAGCUACAGACCCAUUGCUCAGUGACAGAGGCACCUUCCCAUACUUUUUCCGCACAGUACAGAGCAUUCAUGGUGAAUUUUAUGUCUUAGGGCAAUUCCUGAGACAUUUUGACUGGACCUGGGUUGGAAUAAUUACAUCUGAUGAUAUGAGUGGAGAGGAAGAAUAUAAGCUCUUGGCUAAGUAUCUCUCCAAUGCUGGUGUCUGCAUUGAGUUCACAUUAAGACUACAUAACUAUGAAAAGCAAUAUGUUACCAGUAUAACUGUUCAUUACAUGAAAACCAUCAGCCGCUCCUCUACCAAUGUCAUUUUAAUUUGUGGAACUGUAAAUUUAUUAUUUUUAACUUUUUUAUCUAAUGAAAAUUUUUUCCACAAAAAGACAUUCAUCCUUUCAUCAAACUGGGGAACUAAUGACUUUAUAACUACAUACGCACCAGUAUUAUUUAAUUGCAGUCUGGUGCUUGUGCCAGGGUACCAUUAUGAUCUGGAUACUCCUGAAAUGAGGAACUUUUUACAGAAUUUUAAUCCUUCUAAUUACCCUGAAGACAAGUUACUUGGAGAUAUAUGGAUUAUGUAUCUUCUUUGUUUGUCUAAAGACCCAAAUAAGAAUAAGAUGUAUGAAUAUAUUUACUUUGCUGCUCCAAUUCUUCUUAACUGUACUGGGCAGGAGAGAAUUACAGACCUUUAUGUUUUCAGAGGAGAAUACAACUCUCCCCGAGUGCAUCUGGCAGUUGAUCUGAUGUCUCGUGCUCUGCAUGAUAUGAACAUGAAGCUUGAAGAGAAAUCUGGAAGGAACAGAGAAACAUUACUUUAUAAGUCAGAGUUGCACCAUAAUUUAAAGAAAGUUCAGCUGAAAUCCAAACAUGGUGAAAUCUUCUCAUUUAAUGAAAAUGGAGAGUAUAUCACUAGUUCCAAGAUCUAUAUCAACUUAAUGAAUAUUUAUGGAAAGGUGACCAGAAACUUUCUUGGCGAGUUCUCUCCGUGGGCACCACCAGAUCAGCAGCUACAUAUAACCUCAAUGGCAAUUCCAUGGAAGACAAAAGACAACACGAUCCCAAGAGCUCAAUGUGUAGACAAUUGUCUCCCAGGAUACAGGAAAAUGCCAAUUCCUGAAGCCCAAACCUGCUGUUAUAAUUGUGUCCCAUGUUCCGAGGGAGAAAUCUCUAUUAUAACCGACAGUGUGAGCUGCACCCAAUGCCCAGACAUGGAAUGGCCUAAUGAGGCGAAGGAUCAGUGUGUACAAAGAAAGGAAGAUUUUCUCUCAUACAGUAAUGGUGUCAUUUCCAUAUGUUUUUUAACUCUAUCUAUUCUCUUUUUCCUGCUAACUCAGCUGGUAUUAGGAGUUUUUAUUAAAUACCAAGACACCCCCAUAGUGAGAGCCAACAACAGGAGCCUGAGCUUCCUCCUCCUUGUCUCCAUCAAGCUGAGCUUCCUCAGUGUGUUUCUGUUCCUCGGUCGCCCUGUGGAUAUAACCUGCAUGCUGCGUAACAUCACUUUCGGAAUCACAUUCUCCAUAGCUGUCUCUUCUCUCCUGGCCAAGACUAUCAUGGUUUGUGUUGCUUUCAAAGCCACCAAGCCAGGGAGCUCAUGGAGAAAAUGGGUGGGAGUCAAACUGUCCAAUUCUGUAGUCUUGUUCUGCUCAUUCAUUCAAAUAAUAAUCUGCAUGACUUGGUUGGCCAUUUCUCCUCCCUUUCAGGAACUGGACCUUCACACUUACCCUGGAACCAUCAUCAAUCAGUGCAAUGAGGGCUCAGCUAUUGGCUUUUACUCAGUUAUUGGGUAUAUGGGGCUUCUGGCAGCUGUUAGUUUUGUUUUAGCAUUUUUAGCUCGGACAUUACCGGACCGUUUUAAUGAGGCCAAGUACAUCACUUUCAGCAUGUUGCUCUUCUGCAGUGUUUGGAUCGCAAUGAUCCCGGCCUAUCUGAGCACCAAAGGUAAAAACACUGUGUGUGUGGAGAUAUUUGCCAUACUCACCUCAAGUGCUGGACUUUUAGUCUGUAUAUUUCUGCCCAAAUGUUACACAAUACUUUUCAGACCAGAAAUGAAUAUGAAAACGAAUUUGCUCGGAAACAAAUAUAAAUAAUAUUCAUAUAUGCUAUCAUAUGUAAACAGCAUUAUUAGAUAAUAAAACAUAUCCUUAUAUGCUAUAAAAUAGAAAAUCUUAAAAUAUAUGUUAAGAUGUUCUAUGUGCCUCUCCAGCCUGACUCUCAUUAAUACAGAGCAAGGGUCCUUGUACAUUUAGUGCAUUUGAUCACAAAGUUAUACAAUUUCUGUAGUUUGCUCUGUUCAUUAACAUUCACUAUUCUGUUGAUUAACAUUCGAUAAUAUAAUUGUUGUUAAUGAAGUUGCAUGUAUCAUGAGUGGUCAUUCACAAUGCCGCAUUCAGUGUACAAAUUGUGCAAAUAGCCACAGGCUUCAGUGCAUUUUGGAGCGCAAUGAGACAUUCUGAAUGCGCCUUAAAAUGAACUGCCUGCGCAGGUAGG